CCCGCCGCCGGGCUGAUGCGGUUCUGUCCCGCUGCAGGAACCCGCUGCUGCCACUGCUGGCCAUGGGGCUCUACGGCAGCCUCGUCCUGGCGCUCGCGGCGGCCGACCUCCUGCACUUCCGUCGCCGCCGCCGCGCCGCCGGAAGGGACGCCGUCACGUGCCCCGCGCAGGGCCCUUCCCCGGAAGAGCGGCCCGUCGCAUCCGCGUGACGCUUACCCUACGCGCCAUGGCGGCCUCGCCGGCGGAGCUGCGCCGAGAGGGGAACGAGCAGUUCCAGGCCGGCCGCUACGCGGAGGCGCUGGCCCUGUACACGCGCGCGCUGGCCCUGGCCGGGGCCGGGGCCGGGGCCGGGGCCGGGGCGGCCGCCCAGCGCGCUCUGCUGUAUCGCAACCGCGCCGCCUGCCACCUGAAGCUGCUCUGGAGCUUGACGGGCGCGACGUGAAGAGCCUCUUCCGCCGCAGCCAAGCUCUCCGGGGCCUGGGCCGCCUCGACCGGGCCGCCUCGGACUUGCAGAGGUGCGUGCGCUUGGAGCCCAAGAACAAGGCCUUCCAGGAGGCUCUGCGCGACCUCGGUAGCAGCGCCCAGGAGAAGAUGAAAGCCCUGACCUGUACUGACUCCAAAGUAGAAGCCAUGUUUAAGUUGCUGCUGAGUACUGAAGAAAAUGAUCCAGACAAGAAGCAAAAGGCAGCUCAGAACUUGAUAGUUCUGGCUCGAGAGGAGCCUGGUGCUGAGAAGAUUUUUCAGAGUGAUGGAGUGCGUUUACUGCUGCAGCUGCUGGACACGGGCCAUUUGGAUAUGAGGAUAGCAGCCUUGCGGACCUUCACUGGCCUCUGCCGUGGCCAUUGUUCUCGAACAGUGGUGAUUCUGGGUGACCUGGGACCUCAGCGCCUCUUUGCUGUGCUGGAGAUGGAGGAUGAGCAGCUUUCACUGGCCACCUACAACCUGCUGCAGGUCAUGAUUGACACCCUCAAGCAGGGGCUGCAGAAAGAUGUGCUCCACAAGGAGGCGGCUUUGGUAUCAGACUCAUCCGGAGAGCUGAAGUUGCUCCUCAGAUGGCUGUUGGAGGCUCUCACUCGGGCAGGCCUCUCUUCCUGUGGUCGCGACAGCAUCCUCAAUUUGCUGAUCAGUGUAAUCACCCCGAAGUUGCUGCAGGCCUCCAACAACUCCUCGACCCUUUGGGUCAUUGAUCACGGUCUCAAAGAGAUCCUGGAAGUUGGGGGCACGGUACCCCACAGUCCUGGAGGCCUGCGUGUGACAGAGAACACCCACAUGACUGCCGCUGUCCUGCUCAGCAAGCUUUAUGAGGAUUUGAAGUGUGAUGGGGAGAGAGAGAAUUUCCAUCGGCUCUGCGAGGAUUAUGUCCGGAACUGGUUCCAGGACCAUGGCAUGCCUGGAAAGCUCAGGGCCAUCCAGACAGUGAGCUGCCUCUUGCAAGGCCCCUCGGAAGCCGGGAACCGGGUGCUGGAGCUGAAUGGCAUCAUGGAGAGUAUUUUGGCAUUGUGUGCCUCAUCCCAGGUGGCUCACCAACUUGUGGCCGUGGAGGCCCUGAUCCAUGCAGCUGACAAGGCCAAGCGUGCCUCCUUCAUCACUGCCAACGGCGUGACACUGCUCAAGGAGAUCUACAAGCACAGCGAGUGUGACAGCAUUCGCAUCCGGGCCCUGGUGGGUCUUUGCAAAUUGGGCUCAGCAGGGGGCACAGACUUCAGCAUGAAGCAGUUUGCCGAAGGCUCUACCUUGAAACUGGCCAAGCAGUGCUGCAAAUGGUUGUGCAACAAGACUCUUGACGUUAGCACCCGCCAUUGGGCAGCAGCAGGUUUGGCGUUCCUUACCCUGGACGCAGAUGUCAAGGAAGAACUUUUGGAGGACAAGGCAGCGCUGCAGGCUCUGUUCCAGCUGGCACAGUCAGAGAAUCGGAGCUGUUUAUUUGCAGUGGCCUCUACACUGGUCAACUGUACCAGCAGCUACGACUAUGAGGAACCCGACCCACAGAUGGUGGAGCUUGCUAAAUAUGCCAAGCAGCACAUUCCUGAGAAGCAUCCCAAGGAUAAGCCAGAGUUCGUGCACAGACGUGUGCAGAAGCUCUUGGCUGCUGGUGUGGUUUCAGCACUUGUGUGCAUGGUCAAGAAUGAGAGCCCUUCCUUGAGCCCUGCCUGCCGUGAGCUGAUUUCCAGGGUUUUCCUGGCUGUAGUAGACAACCCAGAGAACCGAGGGGCUGUGGUGGCUGCCGGAGGGGGGAAGGCUCUCAUCCCUUUGGCUCUGGAGGGGACCGAAGCAGGGCAGAGCAGGGCAGCCCAGGCCCUGGCCAAGAUCGCCAUCACGACAGCUCCCGAGAUGGCCUUCCCUGGAGAGCGGGUCUACGAGGUGGUCCGGCCCCUGGUGAGCCUCCUGCACCUGACCCGCUCUGGCCUGCAGAAUUUUGAGGGGCUGAUGGCGCUCACCAACCUGGCUGGGACCAGUGAGAGGCUCAGGGAGAAGAUUGUGAAGGAAAAGGCCGUGCCCAUGAUUGAAGGCUACAUGUUCGAGGAGCAUGAGAUGAUUCGUCUGGCGGCCACUGAGUGCAUGUGCAACCUGGCCUUGAGCCUGGAGGUGGCCAAGCUGUUUCUGGCAGAAGGCAGCGACCGGCUGAAGUUGCUGGUUUUGUACAGUGGGGAGGAAGAUGAGCGGCUCCGGCGGGCAGCUUCCGGGACACUGGCGGUGUUAACCUCGCUGCUACCACAGAUCUGCAGCCGGAUUCCCCAAGUGACAGUGGACUGGCUGGAAAUCCUGCAGUCUCUGCUGCUCGCCCCCUGCACAGAGCUUCAGCACCGCGGUGCUGUGGUGGCGAGAAACAUGAUGUCGGCUGACCGGGAGCUGGCUGUGAAGCUGAUGGAGAGCGAGGCACUGGAGAUCUUGUCUGUCGUGGCCGGGGUGGAGGACAAGCCCCAGGUGGCGCGGGUGGCCAAGGAAUGCCUGGCCCAGGCAGAGUCUUACGGCUUGAUAAAGCCCAGUGCCUCUGCCCGGGAAUGAGGGCCGUCGCCUGCCACUGCUCAGAGGCGCUGCUGCUGCUGCUGCCGCCGCCGGCCACAGGCACCAGGAUGGGCUUCUGGCGAAAUUGGCUGCUGGGACCAGGCAAAGUGGGAGCUUUUCUCAGGGCUUGUGCAGAUCGUGGGCGGGUGCUGGGCAGCCUCCUGCUGCUGGAGAAGGGAGCCUUUGCCUUAGCCUUCCUCUUCCCACUUUCCACAUUUUUUUCUCUGCAUUUUGUACACGAUGGCAGGCGAGCCCUGUGGAAUUUAGGGAACCACGGGUCAUGCUGCUUGAAUAAAAACAAAUGCACAAGCCUC